AUGAAACUCAGGGUACUUGGGGCGCACAAUGUGGAGAGCCGCCAUACGAGGAUGGAAAGCCACCUGAUUGACGGCGUACUCGCCUUGGAUGCGGGGUCGCUCACGCGCUCGCUGACGCACGACGAAUUGCGAGGAAUACGCGCCAUCAUCCUGUCCCACAGGCACUUCGACCACGUGAAGGACCUACUGCCUCUGGGCAUCGCAGUUCGCAACGAGGGCGUCACUAUAGAUGUGUACGCAAUUCAGGACACGGUUGACGCCUUCGCCAAGCGUAGAAGCCCCAACCUUCGGAUGCACGCCGUCAAGUUCUACGAACAGUUUAAGGUGCUGGGCUAUGACGCGAUGGCUGUGCCUGUGCCCCAUUCUGUUCCAGCGGCAGGCUUCCAGAUUGGCGAUGGCAAUGUAAGACUGUUCUACACCGGAGACACGGGCAGGGGGCUAGGCGCGGCGUGGGAGCAUGUAGCGCCGGAUGUUCUGCUCACAGAGGUUACAUUCGGCAAUGAGAAUGAGGCGGGCGCGAGGGCGGCGGGUCAUUUGACGCCGAAGUUGCUGAUGGGGGAACUCGACGCUUUCAGCGAGAUACACGGGCGAACGCCGCAGGUAGUCGUGUCGCACAUCAACCCAGCAUGGGAGGAUGCGGUGCGGACAGAGCUUGCAGAUAUAACGGCGGCGACAGGACAAGCCUUUACCAUCGCUGAGGCGGAUAUGAGCCUGGAGCUUGGCCGCGAAUCGUCGCGAGUCCUGGAGGGUUGA